AUGGACAAGCAAUUUGCUGGUUUUGAUGUAAAAGAUGCAGUUUGGUGCACUAGAUUUCAUCAAUCUAGUGACAUCAAAAUUAACAAAUUGAGAAAAUUUAUUGAAUCAGAAUUGCCUUUGUCAUUAUGUAACGAUCCUUGUGAGACAGGAUACAGCAAGGCCAAAAAAGAAGGGCAGUCAUUUUGUUGCUAUGAUUGCCAUCUGUGUCCAGAGAGGAAAAUAACAGAUGAGAAAGACAUGGAUGACUGUUCUCUGUGUCCAGAUGAUCAUUUUCCAAAUCUCCAUCGAAAUAUGUGUAUUCCGAAGCAGAUCAGCUUUUUGUCCUACAAAGAGUCUAUGGGAAUCAGUCUAACUGUUCUUUCUCUUUGCUUUUCACUAAAGACAACUUUGGUGCUCACAAUCUUUGUUAGAUAUAAAGACACCCCUAUUGUCAAAGCCAACAACCGGAAUCUUACUUACACUCUCCUUGUUUCUCUCCUGCUCACUUUCCUAUGUGUGUUUUUAUUUAUUGGGAAACCUGAUAAGAUUAUGUGCCUCAUUCGACAAUCAGCUUUUGGGCUCAUCUUCUCUGUGGCAGUUUCUUGUGUAUUGGCCAAAACAUUUGUUGUGGUUCUAGCAUUCAUGGCCACCAAACCUGGAUCCAAAUUGAGGAAAUGGGUGGGUGGAAGAAUAAUCAGUUACAUUAUUUUUUCCUGCUCCCUUGUUCAAUUAAGUUUUUGUGCUGCAUGGCUGAUAAUGUCACCACCUUACCCAGAUUUUGAUGCACACUCAAUCUCUGAAGAACUCAUCCUAGAAUGUAAUGAAGACUCGGCCAUGUUCUGCUGUGUUUUGGGCUUUAUGAGUUUUCUUGCUCUGGUUAGCUUCUCUGCUGCUUUUCUAGCUAGGAAGUUACCUGACAGUUUCAAUGAGGCCAAAUUUAUUACUUUCAGCAUGUUGAUCUUCUGCAGUGUUUGGCUGUGCUUUAUUCCAACCUAUCUAAGCACAAGAGGGAAAUAUCUGUUGGCUGUGGAGAUCUUCUCCAUAAUCUGCUCCAGUGCUGGAUUAUUGGUGUGCAUCUUUCUUCCCAAAUGUUUUAUCAUUUUGAUGAGACCUGAAUUGAACAAUAAACAUCAUCUCAUGAAAAGAUAG